AUGUCUGAAAAGUCAAAAAAUUGCUUUAUUAAAGAUUGCUCAGCUGAGCCAAUCGUUUUUUGCAAUUGCAGAAGUGAACAAGUUUUUAUUUGCAAAAGUCAUGGGAUUCUUCAUUGUGAGUUAGAAGGAAAGCAUCAUUUUAGCAAAAUUCACAUAGAAAUCGAUAAAGAAACAAGGAAAGCAACUUUAAAACAGCUUUACAAACUAAAAUUUGACCUACAAGGCUAUAAAUCAAAAAUAAUUCAAGAAGAAUUAUCCUUGAUCAAAGAGAUCCAUAGUGUAGCUCAAAAAGCACUCAAAAGCUUAAAAGCUCAGAAUCAACAAAUUAAUGAACAUAUAUCAAAAGUAUGCAACCUAAAAGAAAUAGACAACUCUAAGGAAACUACCUUUAUUGAGGCUUUACUAAAAUUGUCUCCAAAAGAUUUGCAUAAAAUUCAAGUAAUCAAAUCUCCGGAACUGCACAUAAACCAUAUUAGUUCUGAUGAUAUCGGGCAACUAUUUGAUUUAGAAGAAAUUACUAACCAAAAUCUUAAGCUUGAUGAGUCUGAACACCUAUUGAAAUAUAUAUGGCACUUCUCCAGCACUACUUUAAAUGUUUUUGACAUAAAAACCUUAAAAGAAGAUAAGAUUAGUUUGAAGAUGCCAAAUGGCGAGACGCUUGACCAAUAUGGAGCAAAGUGCUUAAUUCCUGAUGGAAGUUUAUUUUACAGUAACGGCCCAAUAACUAUGAUUAUCAAUCCUAAACAUGCAACCAAAUUGCUUCCAAAUUAUUCACAGGAAAAUUUAAAUGCCUGGGCAAUUUAUAAAGAUGGAGAUGUUUAUUUACUUGGAGGAUCUAGCAAUAUUUCAGCAAAAUUUAAUUUGGCCAAGAAUAGAUGAACUACUCUUAUAAAUAUGCCUAUAAAUCUAGCGAAUUAUACUUUUGGUGCUAUUUUUAAAAAUAAUAUUCUAUUAGGGUCUAUGAGCUCAGACAAAAUACUUUCAUAUGAUUUAGAAAUAGACUCUUAUAGUCAAAUUUCUACUCCGGCAUUAUCCAUCUCGACUUCCAAAGCGCUUUUUGUGGAAAAUGAGAAUGUUUACUUAAUUGAGUUUUCUCAACAUAUUUUUAGAAGUAGAGAUAAUCUCGCAACUUGGGAUAAUAUUGGAACUAGUUCAAUUUUAGCAAGCAAUGCUCCUAUUAUCUCUACUCCAAUUACGUAUAAUCACAAAGUUUAUUUUGUGAAUUAUUAUGGAAUUUAUUCAUUUGACUUAAAGAAAAAGAAGAUUGAUAAUGUGAUUAAAUUAGCUUAA